CUCUUACUCCACUCUCUUCAGUCUUCACUUUCACACUAUAAUAAAAGUCUUUCCUUACUUCCACUGAUCCUUUCUUGAAGAACAACAACAAAACCCCAAGUUCAAAGUAUUGCGUUUUGCCCAAUCUACAAACAGAGAAAAGCAAACUUAUUUUUUCAGAACUCCUGUUUUAUCAAUCGAUCUACUUGGUUUAUAAUCAAGUGAUUUUCUUUUGAACUCUCAAAAAUGGAGGGCAUGGAAGAUACCAAGUCUGAGGCGCAUUUAACCUCUGCUGCGGCAUUUGUGGAAGGUGGAAUCCAGGAUGCUUGUGAUGAUGCCUGUAGCAUAUGCCUUGAAGCAUUUUGUGAAAGCAAUCCAUUCACUGUGACUAGCUGCAAGCACGAGUUUCAUCUGCAGUGCGUUCUUGAAUGGUGUCAAAGGAGUUCUCAAUGCCCCAUGUGUUGGCAGCCAAUUAGCCUGAAAGAUCCAACUAGCCAGGAGUUGCUUGAGGCUGUUGAACAUGAAAGGAGUUUUAGGUUCAAUCCAUCUAGAAAUGCAACCAUAUUCCAUCAUCCGACUUUGGGGGAAUUUGACCUACAACAUCUGCCUGUGGGGGCAAAUGAAACCGAGCUUGAGGACCGCAUAAUCCAGCACUUGGCUGCUGCUGCUGCGAUGGGGCGAGUGCGUCAUAUUGCAAGGAGGGAAGGUCCGAGGAAUGGGUCAUCUGGUCAAGCUCGGCCCCAGUUCUUGGUAUUUUCAGCUAAUCCAAAUGCUCUCUCUACUGGCCCUUUCUCUUCAUCAUCACCAACUCAGAGAGAAGGUUCGCCAGCCCCUGCAAUCACCAUCAACACUCCAUCCUCUCCUGUGAGAACUGUGGGGGAAGAAUGCUCACCAUCAAUUACUCCUAUACCUUCUGCUGAAGCUGAUCAACAGUCCACCUUGGCAUCUGGCUCCAGUGUUCUUUUGGUCGACAAUCAGGGGAAUUCCUUGAACAAUAGGUCUCCCAAUCAAUCUCCUAAUAGUCAAGAUAGAGCAGGACCUUCAGAAUUCCAGUCGUUUUCAGAAUCAUUAAAAUCAAAGUUUAAUGCUGCUUCAAUGAGAUACAAGGAGUCAAUUUCAAAGAGUACAAGGGGGUGGAAAGAGAGGUUUUUCUCUCGCGACACUUCCAUGUCAGAUCUUGGUUCUCAAGUUAGGAGAGAGGUUAAUGCUGGCAUUGCAACAGUCUCGCGUAUGAUGGAGCGUUUAGAAACCAGAGAUGAUAGAACAAGCACGGCUACUGUAUCAAACAGUUCGGAAGACGGCUCUAAUCUAGAAUCAAAUAAUCACCAGAUUUCUGAUGCUGGUGGAGGAACUCCCUCAAUUGAAACCAGUGCACAAGCUUCAUGUGCUACAAGUUCUGCUCCCAAAUAAGUAUCAUCUCUGUAACUGCAUCACCGAAAAUGCUUUAGCAGCAAAGAUAUAUGGAUGUUUGGCAUACAUUUGAAGGGACCAGGUGAUUGAGAACUGCUGCAGAAUAAAAGAUAUUCGGAACUAGGGACGAGCAGGGCAGGAACAUAUUAUGUAAAUUAGUUUAAUAAUCUUCACUUUAGUUAUGAUUAUAUAAUUUAUCGGCUCUCAGAGCGUUGAAGAUGUGAAAAGUUCUAGCUUGAUAAGCUUCAAGAUCAAGUGGAUCAUACACAUUUCAAAACACACGAAUUUUAUGUUCCCGCUUAAUAAUUAUUUCAGGAACUUUGUUAUUCAGGUUUUCAACAUAAUUUUGUACUACGCUACAACUUACUAAUACAUAAAUGCUACUGAGUCUUAAUGAACUUCAAUAGAAAUAAAUGUUCUUUUGGUUAA